AUGGUACGUACAUGGCAACUUUGGCUCUCCCCACGACCCAUGAGACGCACCGAAACGCCAUCGGAGCCACGUAUGCUCUCUCAGAAUGGCGCAGCGCUUUUUGAGUUCCACUACGAGGGCGAUGGCCGGCUUGUAGUACGGGAGACGCAUCAUGCGGAGAACAAGCUUGUCCAGGAUGGUCGUUCAGGCCCGCCACUGCGCUGCAGUCAUAGAUUCUGGGCCGAUGCUCCUGUCACAGAGGAUCUAGUGUUCCGAGUCUGGGCGGAGCCACAGAACUUGGACAGAGGUUUUGAUGAGGCCUUCCUGCGUAACUACCUAGGCUACCUUCAAGACUGCGAAGAUCAAAACAUACAGCCCUCAGUCUUUCAGCUCGCAUUGCUUGGCUGGAGCGGUGAUACCCUCCUAUCGCCGCCAUGGUGGGUGCCUCUGUGGAUGCUGAGGCUGCUUCACUUGAUACUUGCUCAUAUGGUGGGGAGGCUUUUCUUGGGGUAA